UAAUUUGUUCGAGGACUGGCAAGUCACACUUGCAGUCGAAUCAAAAGUUGUAGAGACAAGGUUCCAUUUAGCGACCUACUACUACCUUUCCUUUUCUUUUCUUUUCUUUUUUUUUUGUGAUAUUGUUACUGUUUGAUUAACCUGCCUAGUCAUGUAUAUGUGUGAUAUCUCCAAUUUAGUUCAUCAACUUAGUGUUAAUAUCGGUGCUCCCCCCCCCCCCCCCCCAACCCCCCACCCAAAAAAAACACAAAAGAAAACAAUAAAAAAAAGAAAUGAAAAAAUAUAUCCAAACUUCAUUUUGUGUUACUUUUUUAUGCUGAUGGGCAAUGCCUCCAAUAUGUGUCUACUUUUGGGGAGUUUUUGAAGCAUGGUCAGCCAUUGGUGUAUCAUAUUCAAUGAUAGUCGCCUUAAUUUAUGAGUUAGGAGCUGUACGCAUAGCAAGAGGCUGGUGUCACGUGCCAAAGCAGUUGAAUGCUCCGCUUGAGGUUGUCGAUUCGGAGAUUGCUAAUAUUAUCGAGCUCGAGAAAGCGAGACAAUGGAAGGGACUUGAGCUCUUUCCCUCGGAGAAUUUUACAUCUGUUUUUGUGAUGCAAGCAGUUGGGUCUGUAAUGACUAACAAAUACAGUGAAGGAUAUCCCGGUGCAAGAUACUAUGGUGGAAACGAGUACAUUGACAUAGCAGAAUCCUUGUGCCAGAAACGUGCUUUGGAAGCGUUUCGGUUGGAUCCUGCAAUGUGGGAAGACCGACACAAAGAAGAUAUCAGCGGUCUCUAUACUUUUUGA